GCAAGGCUUUAGACAAACAGAAAGAACAUAUUAAUUGAGGUUGGGUACGGCAAACAUAAAGACUUGUUAUUUAAUAUCCGGAGAUUGAUCAUGUAUUGUGCCACAUUUUAAUAGGAUGUGGAAUGUCUUCACUCUAUGCAAGGCUUUUUUACAAGCAGAAACCGACAUAUUAAUUUGCUUUAACGAUGUGAGUCACUUUGGUCUAGAUAUACGGUACUGCGGUAGUAAGCCUACCGGUAAUUCAUUUUUAAAGGCUCAAUAUGCAGCUUGCUAAUGAACUAUCCUUUGAAUUAGAAAAUAAAAUGUAACUGUCUAAUUCUGGGUUGGAGAUUGGCCAUGGUUCAUCAGUUCAUAAAGUUAGGAACAGGAUGUUCAUUGCUCAACAGAUUGAGCCACUCAUAUGGCUUCAUUUAUAGAAGAUAUCAUUGGGUUUAUAGAAAUGGUGAAGAGGGAUAUGAUGAAAAUGAAAUCGAAUCGAGGUUCACUUCGCUGUCGCCAGGUGGAAGCAUUGAUCUGAAAUUAGGAGAAGUUUCUGUUGUGACAAUAAAUAAUCCAGAAAAAAGAAAUGCGUUAACAGGAAACAUGUUGGUGGAGAUGAGAAAUGUUGUGAAACAAUUGUGGAAAUCGAAAACUACAAAAGCUGUUGUGUUGUGUGGAAAAGGUGAUGCAUUUUGUUCAGGGACUGAUUUUGGACUUGCUACACAGCUGACAGAACCACAGGAUGGAACAAAUAUGUGCAUGUAUAUGCAAAAUACCAUGACACUGUUUCAACUACUUCCAUGUAUAACAGUAGCAGCAAUCAAAGGAGGAGCUCUUGGAGGCGGGGCUGAAGUAGCCACUGCUGCAGACUACAGACUGAUGUUCCCUGACUCAAUGAUUCAAUUUGUUCACAAGAAGAUGGGAAUCAUACCAGGUUGGGGAGGAGUUACAAGGUUGCGUGACAUUGUUGGUUCCAGAAAAACUAUGCAUUUGCUUGCAUCUUCAAUGCAGAUUGACUGUAAAUCUUCUUUGCUCAUUGGACUGGCUGAUGCAUUGGUUUCAGAAACUGACGAAGAAGACCUUUCUACUUCUGACGUAGCAGAAAAAUGGUUGGAACAAACUUUCAAACUCUGUGAAACGGAUGCCAGUGUAUUGCGAGCCAUAAAAGCAGCUGCUUAUGAUUCAACUAUGGAAAACAACCGCACUUUACCUUUAUUUUUCAAACUAAAAAGGGAAAAAGAUAUCUUAAGCAGUGUGUGGGGAAGACCUGCGAACAAGAAGGCUUUGAAUAAAGUCAGAAUGAAAAAUUCUUAAAUAUUGUGUGCAAUAUCUAUACCUUAAAAUAAAUUUAUCUUCAGUAA